UUUGAAAACGACAAAUAUUUCGGCAAAAAGGUGUAUUAGGCCUACCCAAGAAAUUCUUGGCCUGCUACCGCAUUCGACUAAAGUCGCAAUCACGGAGUCGCAUCUGGCACAAUUCACAAUUCUCUCCGCAGCAAAUAUUUGUCACAAAUCAAAUGGCCAAUAUUCCAGGCACCAAAAUGGCGCUAGUAAAAAUAGCGUGAAUUAGUGGAUUGGAAUUUACAUAUACAUUGUUAUAAUCGUACGUUCGGUUGUGCUUAAGGUUUGCAUUGGCUAGUAAUGGAUGCCUCCAGCAAUGAUGUCCGUGAAAUCAUGGACCUGGAUGGGUCGGAAAAGAAUGAGGCCAGCAUGGUGAAAGAGGCUUUAAUGGGAGCAGACAAAAAGAAGAAAAUUAAGAAACCAGAAUCUAGUUUCAAGAAGCCUGAUGGGAUGCAUAGAGAAUUGUGGGGUUUAUUAUGGACAGACAACAAGGAUGCCCCUCCAAUAAUUCCUACAGAUACAAACCAGGGCUACAAACAAAUGAAAGCCAAGAUAGGAAGAAGCAAAGUGAGGCCUUGGAAGUUCAUGCCAUUCACAAACCCUGCAAGAAAGGAUGGAGCCAUCUUCAACCACUGGAGAAGAGUUGCAGAUGAGGGGAAAGACUAUCCCUUUGCCAGGUUUAACAAGACAGUGGACGUUCCAGUGUACACUGAUAUAGAAUAUCAGCAACAUCUGCACGAUGAGAACUGGUCCAGGCAGGAGACUGACCAUUUGUUUGACCUGUGUAAGAGGUUCUCCCUCAGGUUUAUUGUCGUCCAUGACAGGUGGGACAGGGUGAAGUUUCCCAACAGGAGUGUGGAGGAUCUGAAAGAGAGAUUCUAUGGAAUAUGGAAUACAUUGACAAAGGUGAGGGCAGCACAUGGCACAGAACCAAGAAUCCGUAUAUUUGAUGCUGAUCAUGAAAGGAAGAGAAAAGAGCAGCUAAUUAAGCUGUUCAACAGGGAUCCUGAACAGGUAAAAGAAGAGGAACAGUUACUUCAAGAAUUAAAGAAGAUAGAAUUGAGAAAGAAGGAAAGAGAAAAGAAAACACAAGACCUACAAAAAUUAAUCACGGCUGCAGAUAGCAAUAUGGAGAGCAGAAGAAUGGAAAGAAAGACAACUAAGAAGAAAGUUCCUCCAUCACAGAAGUCUAGAGACAUAGGGGCUACCCCAGAAAGCACAGGCAUCAAGUUCCCUGACAGCAAACAAUCUGGAGUGUCUCUAAGAAGCCAGAGGAUGAAACUUCCAGCCACAGUUGGACAGAAGAAAACCAAAGCUAUUGAACAGGUGUUGGAUGAACUCGCAAUUGACCUUAAUCCCAUUCCAACAGAAGAUAUUGUACAGCAUUUUAAUGAACUGCGUCAGGACAUUGUAUUGUUAUACGAGCUAAAACUUGCCCUGGCAAAUUGUGAAUAUGAGCUUCAAACUCUAAGACAUCGCUAUGAGACUUUGGCUCCCGGGAAGGUACUUGAUGUGGGGCCCUCUCCUGCCAGCACUCUGAGCACAUCAAUGGCAGAUAUAGCCACGGCUGAAUCUAAACCAGACUCCCCUUCUAAAGCCAGGAAAAUCUCAGAAACUAUAGAUGUUGUGGGACCUUCUGGUGCUGUGGGUGGGAGUUUAACUGAGGAAUCAUUUCAUAGAAAAAGAAGACUUGCAGCUAUUGAACAAAGCAACAUACUGAAGAAAAUUACCAAGCAGAAAGUGUGAACAAAUCGUAAAUGUUUUCCAGAAGUGUUCUUGACAAGUGCGUGAGGCGAUUGUGAUGGCAGAGUUGUAGCGACCCUGGUCUCUGUGUCUGUCUACUGGGUCAUACUAUCAAACUGUGUUGGUAUAGCUUUAAAUGACAAGGAGAAUAGUUGGGUAUCCAGUGAACGCCAGUUCGUACCAACUAUUACAUCGACCAAUUAUUUCAGUUAUCGGAAGGUUGAUAACAAAAUAAAAUCAGGGAAGUGAAUAAUGACUGAGACACACUCCAUUAAAAAAAGGAUAUGGCUCUAUGAAGUCAACAUUUAAACUCAUAUUCCAUUUUUGAAUGGCAAAUCAAAGUGGUUGAAUAUACUUCAGAUUGAGCUUGGUCUUAGUGACUGUAGGUGUGCCAUUAUCAGGUACCAGACAAGUACACGGGAAAUAGUUCUUAGCAAUGGACAAAUGAUACUGAAAUUCCUAAAAUUAGUCUUCAAGGGCAAUUAAUUAGCUUUGCAGAUAAUAAUUUCAAGAUCUUUUAUUCAAUCUUGUGCCCAAAGGGUGAGCAUUAGACAGUUUCAAUAAAUAUCAAACAUAAU